CGCUCCGGGCCAGCGCGGCGGCGGUGGCGGCAGCAGCAGGAGCAGCCCCGGCUGCGGGUCGCGACGGCGGCGGAGCGCCCCCUCCCCCGUGCCGGGGCGCGGCGGAGGGAUGUGGGGCUUUGCGGGAGGAAGGCUUUUCGGCAUCUUCUCGGCCCCGGUGCUUGUGGCGGUGGUUUGCUGCGCCCAGAGCGUAAACGACCCUGGGAACAUGUCCUUUGUGAAGGAGACCGUGGACAAGCUGUUGAAAGGCUACGACAUCCGCCUGAGACCCGACUUCGGGGGUCCCCCAGUCUGCGUGGGGAUGAACAUCGACAUCGCCAGCAUCGACAUGGUAUCUGAAGUCAACAUGGAUUAUACCUUAACUAUGUAUUUUCAACAAUACUGGAGAGAUAAAAGGCUCGCCUAUUCUGGGAUCCCUCUCAACCUCACACUUGACAACCGAGUGGCUGACCAACUUUGGGUGCCCGACACAUAUUUCUUAAAUGAUAAAAAGUCAUUUGUGCAUGGAGUGACAGUGAAAAACCGCAUGAUCCGCCUCCACCCUGACGGAACAGUGCUGUAUGGGCUCAGAAUCACCACAACAGCAGCAUGCAUGAUGGAUCUCAGAAGAUAUCCUCUGGACGAGCAGAACUGCACGUUGGAAAUUGAAAGCUAUGGUUACACCACUGAUGACAUUGAAUUUUAUUGGCGCGGCGGGGACAAGGCUGUCACUGGAGUGGAAAGGAUCGAGCUCCCUCAGUUCUCCAUUGUGGAGCACCGGCUGGUCUCGAGGAAUGUUGUCUUCGCCACAGGUGCCUACCCUCGACUCUCAUUGAGUUUUCGGUUGAAGAGAAACAUUGGCUACUUCAUUCUACAGACGUACAUGCCCUCUAUACUGAUUACGAUCCUCUCAUGGGUGUCCUUCUGGAUCAAUUAUGAUGCAUCUGCUGCUCGAGUUGCCCUUGGGAUCACCACCGUGCUCACCAUGACGACCAUCAACACACACCUUCGGGAGACUCUACCUAAAAUCCCCUAUGUCAAAGCCAUCGACAUGUACCUAAUGGGCUGCUUCGUUUUUGUGUUCCUGGCUCUUCUGGAAUACGCCUUUGUCAACUACAUUUUCUUUGGAAGAGGCCCCCAAAGGCAGAAAAAGCUUGCGGAAAAGACAGCCAAGGCCAAAAAUGAUCGUUCCAAGAGUGAAAGCAAUCGGGUGGAUGCUCGUGGAAACAUCCUAUUAACAACACUGGAGGUCCACAAUGAAAUGAAUGAGGUUGCGGGCAGUGUUGGUGACACCAGGAAUUCAGCAAUAUCCUUUGACAACUCAGGAAUCCAGUACAGGAAACAGAGCAUGCCCAGGGAAGGGCAUGGGCGAUACAUGGGAGACAGAAGCAUCCCGCACAAGAAGACCCACCUACGGAGGAGGUCUUCACAGCUCAAAAUCAAAAUCCCUGAUCUAACCGAUGUGAAUGCCAUAGACAGAUGGUCCAGGAUCGUGUUUCCAUUCACCUUUUCUCUUUUCAACUUAGUUUACUGGCUGUACUAUGUUAACUGAGUGACUGUACUUGAUUUUUCAAAGACUUCAUUUAACACUGAGUGAAUAUUACCCUGCCUGUCAAGUUUUUAUACCAGUACACAACACACACACACACGCACGCACGCACAUAUACAUACACAAUUGUAUAUAUAUGUGGACUUUCUCAGCAUAUAUAUAAAAUACCUGUGUAUAUGAGGAUGUAUGUGUAUAUGUUUCUACACACAGGUGUAUGUAAAACAAAUACACAUACAUACAUACAUUUUGCAGCUAUGGACAAUUUAACACAGGAUGCAUAUUAAAGAAAGUCAUAGGAUUUUUUUUCUUUUUUAAUUGAAAGGGACAAGUAUCUAAAUAUUAUGCCUCGAGAAUGAGGGCGUGAAAUAUGAUGUCAUCCCAAAGCGUGUCUUUUAUUAUCAUAAGUUAGAUGUGUUUGCUUAAAAAUCAGAAAGAAAUUCUUAGUUGAUCUUUGGGAACUCCCACAGUGGUAGUCACACACUUCACAUUCUGUCUUUCAGUUCACUGAGCCAAGGCUUGGUGGCCUCUCUAGGGAUGGGUUUGUUUUACCAGGUUUGCUUUUUCUGUAAUGGGUCAGCAGAGACGGUGAGUGGCUGCAGUACACUUACAUGAUGUCUUAUGUAUAGAUAGAUCCCAUGUUCGUGUCUGAACAUCCAUCUUCUGAAAACCCAUUGGGAAUGAACGGUGUCCCAUUGUAAGUACUGCAUUGUCCCACACAUGUGGGGCUUUUCUGUUCACUUUGAGUGGAUCCAACUUAACUGUCAUGUGGGAACACAGUGGCACGUUUUGACAAUGACAUUCAAUCACUGAAAAUGUGCUCUACAUCUCAUUCAGAUUUCUAGGCCUGCUAUCUAACAGAAAGCAUAGACGUCUCAGGUUCUUUGUUACUCUAAGGUAAAACCAUCUAGAAUGAUUUUCCCUCCUGCAGUUAUGUUAUCAUUCUUAUAACAUUGUAUGUUAAUAUAAAUAUAUUUGCAUAAUAUGCAUACAUAUGUAUAUUACCAAGAUUUUGUUUCUUCUGCUUGCUAUCAUGGCAGCAUGCAACGUCAUAUUUUUCAUUCUGUGAUGUAACUACUUUCUGUUAUCUAGAAAUUAAGAUUGAAUCUAAAACAUUUCUACUGUUUCUACUGUUCACUUUCAGAAACUUAAGAAACAUCCUCACGCCCUUAUUUCUGUACUGACAUAUCUCAUAAGCACAUCCACCCCUCCUAGACUGACUAGGAUUCUGCAGGAACAUGACCAGUACACACCACAAUCACGCAACAACCCAUGACCGUUCCUGAGGCAAGGAGGGCAACCUGACACAAACACAGUCACUUUUGGUUCCUUCUGCUCCACAGCCUCAUCAGUAUUUGGACUUUUUAAAGCUCGUAGAAACAAGACAAGGUGCAUCGGUUUCAUAGACGCAACCUUAACUUACUAUUUAGAUGAGCUCUUUCUAAAGAAAAAAAAAGAUGAUAUAUUUUUUGUAAACAAUAUUUCUAUCACAGUCAUCCAUAAACUGAAAUGAUUGCAGUUGUGCAAAUAGGCAUCACAGUGAAGCAUUUGGAAGACAAAAUAAGCAAAAUAUGUAAGAAAGAACUGCUAAAUUAAUGCUUUUCCCCAAAACCCCAUAUUCGCCUCCCCCUUGAGUCUGGCACCAUCUUCUUCCACAUAGGCAACAGCAGCACUCUCCCCAAGGAUGUGUGUGAUGUGAACUAUCACCAUGGACUGACACUACUUGAUUUUUCUUUGGUGGCCAUAGCAACCUUUAAUCUGUGGGAAUCUGCGACUGUUCAAAACCCACCAUUAGAUAAAAACAUGAUCCACAAAAUCUCACAUGAGAGGCAGUUACAGUUUGCAUGCCCUUUCCUGUUCCAUUCCUGUCUGCUACAUCUUCUCCCAAUACUGCUCUUUGGUUUUACUUUUUAUCUAGAGAUGAGCCAGUAAAUUUUGGCCUUUGGCUUUUCUCUGGGAAUUUUUUUCCAUGGGUAACAAUGGGAGGAUCCAAAAUUUAAGCCAAUUAGAAAAAAUCUUGUAAGUGGCCUUAUUGUUGUAACAUGUUAAAGGAGGAAAAAAAAAGUCUGCAAAGACCUUAUCCCUUUCAAUACUUUGGGUAUCUUUCUGUAUCCAGCAACUCAAGAUGUAAGCGCCACAUGCAGAAGAGGACCCCAAAAUGCAGUGUGGCAGAAGCAGUCAAUGGCUGAUAAUUUAUCAGACUCAGAACUGUGACAUUUUUUCUGGGAGAAAAGUGACUCAAAAUUUUUGAUACAUGGUUGAGAUACCCAAACAUCAGAGGCAGAGCCACCGCCCCCCGACCCCACCACCACUCAAAGGAGCAGCAGUCUCCUUCCUGAGAUUUCUGGAUAUAAAUUUGCAUGGUAUAGUCAUAAUAACUUUUGAGCUUUUUAUAUACAUUUGGCAUAAAGACAGGGAUCCACAACUUUGUAGACACUGCGAUGAAGAUAACAUAGUAGCUAGACAAUAAGUAGUAUUUAUAACUACACACACAUACACACACAAAUACAUACGUGUAUUAUGUAAAAAAACCUUUUUGAGAUCCUUGGGUAUGUGUUUGCUUUACUCCAAUUCAGAAGAAAAUUACUUUCUUCUAGUAAAAUUAUUUUAUAGCUUCUCCAUUUUUAAAGGUGUGUGAAGUGUUGAGAACUCCGGGUGUGCUAACAGAAGAGUGGGAUUGGUUCUCUUCUGUUAAAGUAACCUCUCAUCACUCCAUAGUAACAAUUUGAAAUAGGGAGUGAGCACAGGGAAGAAUUCCACCAUCACCUCUGAGGUGAGGGAGCUAUUACCCAUGCCUAGAGCUCUUGAGUAAGGACAAAAAAAUUUUAAUUUCUCAACAAUUCAGAGUAACAAACCAUUAUUUUCUUAGUAGUACUGUCUUUCCAAAAUGCUUCAUGGAGGGCUCAGGACAAAGUCUAUGAGGACAGUCUUUUAUUAGCCCUAUUCAGAUAUGCCUGUGACAACUCAAGAGCCCUCCUGCAUAAGUCCCAGCAGAGAAAGACUGACCAGACUGAAAUCAUCUUUAAAACAAGAGUUGUUCCUGCUCACCAACCCCAGGACUGUCCAGGGUUUGGGCUAUCAAUAUCAUGACCCACUUGGUACCCUCAAAUUUCAGAUGAACUGGAAAGUAUGUCAUGAUAAUAUUCCCAUUAGGUUUAAAGCAACAUGUCCUCUGCAGUGUUGUAUGUUUUAAUGCCAAUAUGGGAACUGGGACAACUUCAGUCACUCCCAUCAAAAGUACUUUGCUCCUGUCUAAACGUGGAGUUGACAUUUUCACCAAUGAGAUCAUCCCAGAGGGGAUGCCAAACUCAUCUGGGCCUGGCUCUAAGGGUCAGGCACAUUGCGGUUGUAUUUGUUCCACAUGGGCACAUUCUGCAAAGAUGUGUGUCCAACUUUAAAUCUUGUGACUUGAAAGUAUAAAGCUUCUAUAAUUCUUACUUUAACCCUCCACCUGAAAAUGAGUUCAUAUUUCUGGCCGUUUUAUGUAAGCCAACCGAACAAUUGGUAAAAUAUUUUGUUACUCUUGGAACCAAUGCUGGCUCUUAUGUCAGUGUGAGCUCUUCAUCAGAGUAGCAUUGACUCUUGGGGCAGAGAGCUUCCCUGGUGGAUUAAAUUUCCCAGGACACUAGCUAGUGUGCCUUGGACUGAUUACCUCUUCUACUGCAUUGAAAGGUGCCAUGUUCUCCUGAAUUACUAAAUCCUCCCCGUCACCUUGUAACAGUGACCUCCCAGAGUGGCUUACGUACCACACCUCUCCUAGGGAUGGCCCAUGGACAUGUCAUUUGUAACUCAUUUUUCUGCUUCCCAAGUCAGUAGAUGUGUUCAAGGUAAGUACAGGAUUGUUCUAGUAGGUAUAGGUGGUUGCUGUCCUGAUUGAUACCCAUGUCAAUUUCAUUUCAUUGUAAAGAUAAAUUUAAACCCAGUUUUGCUUAAGCACAUUGAUGUAAUUUUUUGGUAUUAUUUGACAUGAAAAAAAUCAGCAAAAUUGAGUGACAGAUACAAUAUGAAACUUGUUGAAUGAAUUCAAAUUUAUUAAAAAAGGACUGAGAAAUGUGAA